AUGUGGAUUCGGGAGCAUCUUUACUUCAAUGGUUUCAGUAAAAAUUAUUUGAAUUGGAUUUGGCAUGGUGAGACUGUGGAGAAGGAUAGAUUAAAUUCGAGUGUCAACCAAGAGCCAACUGAUAAUUGUCAUGAUGAUUUUGAAACUGUUAAUUUGUGUGAGGCAGCGUAUGAUAACCAUACAGAAAAUCCAGAAGCAUUUAUGAAGUUUUUGGAGGAAGCAGAGAAGCCACUGUAUAAGGGAUGCAAACGUUAUACAAAGUUUAGUGCACUUGUAAAACUAUACAAUACCAAAGCAAGGCAUGGGAUGAGUGAUGUUCUAUUUUCAAAUCUACUAGCAGAUUUUGGGGACAUGCUGCCAGAUAACCACAAUCUGCCAUCGUCAAUUUAUGAAGCAAAGAAGACGUUGAGUUGUUUGGCUUUGAGUCAUGAAAAGAUUCAUGCUUGUUCCAAUGAUUGCAUCCUUUAUAGGAAACAAUAUAAAGACUACAUAAGCUGCCCGAAAUGUGGCUUAUCAAGAUGGAAGCUAACCAAGAAAAAUGUUGAGAAGAAAUGUGUUCCUGCCAAAGUGGUUUGGUAUUUCCCUCCCAUACCAAGAUUUAAGCGCAUGUUUAAAUCUUUAGAAACUUCCAGAAAUUUAACAUGGCAUUCAGAUAGCACAAGAGUUGUUGGUCAGUUACGCCAUCCAGUUGAUUCACCGUCAUGGGAAUUGGUGGAUCAUAUGUGGCCCGACUUUGGAAGUGAGGCAAGAAAUAUUCGCUUGGCACUUGCAGCCGAUGAAAUUAAUCCUCACAGCAAUCUUAGUAGUCGCUACAGCUGCUGGCCAAUCAUGCUGGCCACAUAUAAUUUGCCUCCAGACAUGUGCAUGAAAAGGAAAUUCAUCAUGCUAACGAUGCUCAUUUCAGGGCCGAAACAGCCUGGAAACGAUAUCGACGUCUACCUUGAGGUUCUGGUUGAUGAUUUGCAGCUGUUGUGGGAAGGAGUUGAUGGAGUUUAUGAUGCUUAUCGAAGGGAGGUUUUCACUCUUAAAGCAGUUCUUUUAUGGACCAUCAACGACUUUCCUGCAUAUAGUAACCUUAGUAGAUGUACUACACAUGGUUAUUACGCAUGCCCAAUAUGUGGUGAGGAUACUUAUGCAAAGCACUUACAAAAUGGGAAGAAAAUGUCAUUUGCUGGGCAUAGACGAUUCCUACCACGAUUUCAUCCAUAUCGGAGGCAAAUAAAGGAGUUUAAUGGCAUGGAGGAACUUGGUGAAGCGGGUAGGCCAUUAUCUGGAAUUAAGUUGUUUGACAAGCUUUCAGACAUAACAUGUGAGUUUGGAAAGAAAACAAGUGUGAAGGGGAAAAUAAGGAAAAAAGCAAUGGAGAAUAUUGUGGAAGACAUUGAAGAAGAAAAGUAUGUUGAAGCUACAAAUUUCAGUAAAUAUUGGAAGAAAAAGUCAAUUUUUUUCAAUCUUCCAUACUGGAAAUACCUACAUGUUAGGCAUUGUCUCGAUGUUAUGCACAUUGAGAAAAACGUUUUCGAGUCUCUGAUUAAUACUUUGAUGAACAUCAAGGGAAAAAUCAAGGACAAUGUGGUAGCUAGGUUGGACAUGGUUCAGAUGGGAAUUAGGCCUCAAUUGGCUCCUAAAAUUGGUGAGAAAAGAACAUAUCUACCUCCUGCAGCAUGCUCAUUCACAAAAAAUGAGAGAUUACAAGUAUGUAGGUCAUUAAUGGAUAUAAAAGUUCCGGAAGGUUUCUCAUCAAACAUGAAGAAUCUUGUCUACAUGGAUGAGAUGAAGCUGAUUAGCUUGAAAUCACAUGAUUCUCAUGUUAUAAUGCAGCACUUCCUACCAAUAGUCAUACAUAAUUCUCUGCCAAAAUAUGUUAGAUAUGCUGUCAUAAGAUUAUGCUUCUUCUUCAAAGAUAUUUGUUGCAAGAUUAUCGAUGUAGCCAAGUUAGAUAAGCUGCAAUCUGACUUGAUUGUUACACUCUGCUUAUUGGAGCAGUAUUUCCCCCCUUCUUUUUUCGAUAUCAUGCUCUACUUAACAGUUCAUCUUGUUCAUGAAGUCCAAUUAUGUGGACCAGUCUACUUCAGAUAG